CUCCCCCUCCUCCCUCUCCUCCGCCUCCUUUUCCUCCUCCUCCUUUUCUCCUUCCUCCUCCUCACCCUAGUGCUGGGAUCGACGCUGCCUCCGCUAGCUCUUGUCGCCACUGCUGCUGCUACAGCUUCUUCACCUCAAAGUUUCCUCGGUGCUGGCAGCUUCUUCGCCACUGGGCUGCACUGGAAGCGGCGUUGGGGAAGCUCUGCUUUGGAGUCGCUCUCUCCCACCCCUCCCUCACCCCUCACCUCCCUCACAACCGUUCACCAAAUUGGAGCAGCAAGGAGAGGAUUUUGCCAAUUAAAAAGAGAGGAGGAGGAGGAGCAGCUGCAGCAGCAGGGAGUUUCUUUGCUUGCUUCCUGCUUAAUCCCAGGGAAUUGUUCGGCUUGAAGGCGUGUGCGCUUUUCUGUGGUCUUAAUCGUCGCCCCUUCAUAAUAAAAAGAGAAGGAAAAAGCAAAAGGAACUGAGGUAUUGGAAGUCGAGAAAGACACCAGACUUUUCAUUGUGCAUUGCACCCACCUCGUUGGUUUUAAGGACAUAAAGGAGAAUUCACACUGCCUCAAGCACUGCCGCCUCCAGCCUUCGUUGCUCUAGGGAGCAAAGGACAACGAGGGAGCUCAGCCCGGUGCUGCUGUAGCAGGUGCAGCUUUUUCCCUGCAAUCGUCAAGUGGCACCACUGAUUCCCUAGCCGGCUUCCAGCUUUUGUCAUAUUUGAAGAAUUUUUCAAGGCUUCUAGUUUCCUUUCUUCGCUGGAUGUUUCACACUGCAAUUUGAAAGUGACCUUCAGAAGAAGCAUCUAAUUCAAGGUGCAAUGUCUACGACUUCUAAGCCUGCAACCCGAAAAGGCCUAUCAUGUGGAUCAAGGCUUUCCAAGGACCAGAUGGAGCAAUGCAAAUGCUGCAUAGAUCACCUGCUUUCCUGGAGCCCGAGGCACCCCUACCAUCCGUGGGAACCUUGGACAAGGAAAUCCUUUGGAGAUGGUUUCAAGAUGUAGACUUACCUAUCAUGAAUUGUAGACAUAUCUUCUGCCAGAAUUAACGACACCAAAAUAGAAUCCACUUCAUGUUACGUGAUCAAGGGGUUGUAAUUGGAAAAUUCUACUGUGCGCCAUUUGUAUUUUGAAAUUGCCUCAUUGGAUUUCGCAUCCUCGCAGGUUCAUUUCAAGCAGUUUGAGUAUGGUGCUAUGAGAGAUACUGCUGUCCAUGACACGCUGGAAUUAUCAUGAUCAACUACUCUGUUUUGAUUUCACCCAGUGGCAAACAACUUCGUAUCCUAUACAACAAGGUUGGAACUUUUAAAAAGGGUACAGCAGAAAUAUUUCAUAGGAAACUCCAACAUCUUAUUCCAAGCUAAUUUUAAUCUACUGCUUCAGAGAAAGGGCCCGACCCAGAGAAGUGGCAUGAGAGGUAUCUCUGGGGAAGCAAGCUAAAGCAAUCAAUAGCCUUGGAGAAGAAGAUCAAGACCCGUGACCAAGGAGUAGACUAUAGAGGUGGAGUCAUGCUUCACCCGGCCACUUCAUGUUGGCAGCCAUUCCUAGGUUUGGCUGUCCUGUUAGUUCUCAUGGGCUCUACCAUAGCUUGCCCAGCCCGCUGUGAGUGCUCAGCUCAAAAUAAAUCUGUCAGCUGUCACCGUAGGCGGCUGACUUCCAUUCCCGAAGGCAUCCCCAUUGAGACCAAAAUCCUUGACCUAAGCAAGAACAGGCUAAAGAGUGUCAAUCCUGAGGAAUUCACAUCUUAUCCACUGUUGGAAGAAAUCGACGUGAGUGACAACAUCAUCGCCAAUGUGGAGCCUGGAGCCUUUAACAGUCUUUUCAACCUGCGCUCCCUUCGAUUAAAAGGAAAUCGCCUGAAGCUGGUCCCCCUGGGGGUAUUCACAGGACUGUCAAACCUCACCAGACUGGACAUUAGUGAAAACAAGAUUGUAAUUUUGCUGGAUUACAUGUUCCAGGAUCUGCAUAACCUGAAGUCCCUGGAAGUGGGAGACAAUGAUCUGGUUUACAUCUCCCACAGGGCCUUCAGUGGGCUACUUAGCCUGGAGCAACUCACCCUGGAGAAAUGUAACUUAACUGCAGUACCAACAGAAGCCCUCUCUCACCUUCACAACCUCAUCAGCCUGCACCUGAGAUAUCUCAACAUCAACAUUAUGCCUGUAUAUGCCUUUAAGAGACUGUUCCGCCUGAAACACCUAGAGAUUGACUAUUGGCCUCUCCUGGACAUGAUGCCGGCCAAUAGCUUGUAUGGCCUAAAUCUCACGUCUCUCUCCAUCACCAACACCAACCUGUCCACAAUCCCGUACCCCGCUUUUAAACACCUGGUUUACCUAACACACCUCAACCUCUCAUACAAUCCCAUCAGCACCAUUGAAGCUGGGAUGUUUGCCGACUUGAUCCGGCUGCAGGAGCUGCACAUGGUGGGGACCCAACUUCGCACCAUCGAGCCACAUGCCUUCCAAGGACUCCGCUUCUUGCGUGUGCUCAAUGUGUCACAGAACCUUCUGGAAACUUUAGAAGAAAAUGUCUUCUACUCUCCCAGAGCCCUGGAGGUCUUGUCCAUCAGCAACAACCCACUGGCUUGUGACUGCCGCCUCCUUUGGAUAUUACAAAGGCAACCUAUCUUACAGUUUGGAAACCAGCAACCCAUGUGUGCUGGUCCAGACACCAUCAGAGAAAGGUCAUUCAAGGAUUUCCACAGCACUGCCCUGUCCUUUUACUUCACCUGCAAAAAGCCUAAGAUCCGUGAUAGGAAGAUGCAGCAUCUGCUGGUAGAUGAAGGGCAGACGGUUCAGCUUGUCUGCAAUGCCGAUGGUGACCCACAGCCAGUGAUCUCCUGGGUGACACCCCGAAGACGACUGAUUACCAAUAAGUCCAAUGGAAGAGCUACGGUGUUGGGAGAUGGUACCUUGGAAAUCCGCUUUGCCCAAGACCAAGACACCGGCAUCUACGUCUGCAUUGCCAGCAAUGCUGCUGGCAACGAUACCUUCACAGCCUCUCUUACAGUGAAAGGAUUUGCCUCGGACCGUUUCCUCUAUGCUAACAGGACCCCUAUGUAUAUGACAGAUUCCAACGACACCAAUUCCAACGGCACCAAUGCCAACACAUUCUCCUUGGACCUUAAGACCAUACUGGUGUCCACAGCCAUGGGCUGUUUCACAUUCCUUGGAGUGGUCUUAUUUUGCUUCCUCCUCCUGUUUGUGUGGAGCCGAGGCAAAGGCAAGCACAAAAACAGCAUUGAUCUAGAGUAUGUCCCACGCAAAAACAAUGGUGCUGUCGUAGAAGGGGAGGUGGCUGGGCCCAGAAGGUUCAACAUGAAAAUGAUCUGACGGUCUCCCAGUAGCAGUGCUUUUUUUCUGUUUGUAACCAAUAAACCAGCCUGGCAUGGCAAAUUGCUAGGUAGAGAGGCAAGCUUUAAUGCAGCUGCCCCUGUGUCUAAUGGGUUAUACAGAAACGGGAAGACUUAUUUGUGGUUGUUCAGUGGAGCCUCUUCCCCAAGAGGCAAGUGUGUGUCAGGGCCUUUCACAAAGUUGGUUUACUAAUUGUUUGCAUUGCAAAUAUUGGCAUUCUGGGGAUCUCAGUAAUGAACCGUUGGCUCAUGUUCAUGGACAAUUGUUCAACAUUUUCUACCACUACAAAGAGAAAAAGGGAAAAAGAACAACCUACAGUGUAGGAUUUACAUAUUACAAAAGACACAUUUGUCUAAAACAUACUCUACAGUAAAAAUUUGUAUCGCUACUUAUCCUCUGUUAAAACCUUGCAUCAUACCCCUGGUCGGUUCAGCACCAAAAAGAAAUGGAUCUCAACUUUUCUUUUCUUUUUUAAUCUCUUCAUAUAGAUCGGGUAUGGUUUAAAGCAAUAUGUAUUAGAGGUUGUGCUGUUAGCUAUGAACCACUGCUGACCCCAGUGUGAUGACCUUCCCGUAACUAAAGUCAACCCUGAAACUAGGCUUCUGUAUUUACUAAUGAGAGAGAUCGCAGGAUCUGUUUGGCUCACGUAGGACCCCAGAAAACACCUCCAAGGCAAAAUGCUCAGCUCUGAGAUCUUCAGUUCAUAUAAAUAAAGGCACGUGCCUAGUUUUGAUACAGAAUGGAAUAUUUUUUAUACCUGUGAUAUCACACUGGACCAGUUUAGAAUAACAAAGCCCAGGAGCGGGUAUGUUACUAAGAUGUGGUCAACCUUUGAAAGGCAAGGCAGAUGUUAAUAAUUAAAGUUUUCAGUUUUUAAUCACAACCCAGUUUUAAUUUUAUAUGCCACUAUUAUUGUGUUAAUGAAAACCAAAAAAGAAAAGAAAGAAAAGAUAACGAAGUAAGCAUUUUUAUGUAUCAUAGGGAAGCUCUCACUUUAGUAGUUAAAGAAUUUCAAAUGUACAAAAGUUCUCUGGCUAGGAAUGAGCUCUUCUCAGAUGCCAAUAAACUAGGGCUAUCCAUGCAAAACAUGAGGAUUAUGUGACUAAGGAAGUGCUUAAACCAUGAUAGUCUCCAAAAGGCCAAAUCACUGCCAAUUAUAAUGGACUUCUAGCCACUCUCACUGUCUAAUGCUGUCUAUUUACAAAUACUUGAUCAACAUAAAAGUUCAUUUCCAUGAAUGGAUGACUUCCUUUCUUUCCUCACUGCUGUUUUGCUAAUUACAUUAGAGUUGUGUUUCCUUGAUAAUA